GGAUGAAAUAUUUCCCAGAAGCAGACAUCCAUUACCUCGACAGAACCACGGGAGAUGGAACGCUGCUGCCUGAGAAAUUCAAUGGUUUCUGUAACCUGGAGAGAUUUUACAAUGAUCCCAAAUGCCCCGACGGACACUCGUAUCGACUGCAGGCCUGGCUCUUUGGUAACCGGGUUUUACAGUAUGCUGAUGCCUUGGAGCAUCUGCUGGCCACAGGCCAAGGUGUGGUGAUGGAGCGCUCUCCUUACAGCGACUUUGUGUUUCUGGAUGCCAUGUUUAAAGAAGGCUACAUCCACAAGAGAUGUGUUGAUCACUACAAGGAGAUCAAAGAAAUCAGCAUUUGUGAAUUCCUACCACCUCACUUGGUCAUUUAUAUAGAUGUACCUGUCCCAGAGGUGCAGAAGAGGAUUCAAGAGAAAGGCGAGCCAUAUGAGAAAAAGGUGUCUCCUUUGUAUCUCCAGCACAUUGAGGAUGCUUACAAGAAAACCUUCCUACCGGAGAUCAGUGAGACCAGUGAGGUUCUGCAGUACACAGCAGCUGAUGUAGAGGAUGUGGAGAAG